AUGGAGCCGGAGUACUGCUACGGGAAUGGCUCGUGUCUGAGGACGGUCUACCCUGUUGCUGUCCGUGUCACCCUCUACUUGACCCUGGGGUCUGCGGUGGUCCUCACGGUGCUGGGUAACCUCUUCGUGAUCGUGGCCAUUUCUCACUUCAAGCAACUCCACACGCCCACCAACUACCUGACCCUCUCCUUGGCCAUGUCUGACUUCCUCCUGGGGAUUCUGGUCAUGUUCCCCGGCAUGCUACAAUCAGUUGAGACCUGCUGGUACUUUGGGGACAUGUUCUACCGCUAUUAUGCCGUGUGCCACCCUCUGCUCUACCCCCAUAAGAUAACUGAUAACACCGCAUUCAUCAUGAUCCUGGUCACAUGGUGUGUAUCCGCUGUGGUCGGCUUUGGGAUGAUCUUUCUCAAGCUGAAUAUAUUAGGAAUCGAGGAGUUGUACUAUAACAAUGUGGCGUGUGAAGGAAGGUGUGUUUUGUUACAGAGUGGGGUUUCCAUCACUGUCUCGUCCAUUAUCGCCUUCUACAUCCCCGGGGUCAUCAUGCUGGGCAUCUACCUGAAGAUCUACGUGGUGGCCAAGAGACAGGUACGCACCACAGGCCUUCAGAACACCAGCUCCUCCAAGGUGGACAAGCACCAAAGGAAAGCCACCAAAACGCUGGCCAUCAUCAUGGGCGUGUUUCUGUCCUUCUGGGCGCCAUUUUUCAUCUGUAAUAUCAUCGACCCCUUCAUCGGCUACUCUGUACCGCCCGCCUUGUUCGACACUCUCGUGUGGCUGGGGUAUCUGAAUUCCACCAUCAACCCGUUGGUGUACGCCUUCUUCUACAGUUGGUUCAGGAAGGCAUUACAAAUAAUAGUUUCCGGGGCCAUCUUUUGGUCUGACAUGUCUGACACAAAAUUGUUUGCAGAGUGA